AUGGCGUCAUGCACAAAGCGCUCCCGCCAGAGGUGCGUCGCGCCGGAAGUGACGAAUGCGAGGCGGGGCCUCGGGGAGGGCGUGGCGGCAGUGUCGACCAAUCGGAGCGCGGGGGAGAGGCGGGGUCUGGAGGCGCCGCGGGGCCGGAGGGGCCGGGACAGACCGGGAUCGAGAGGGAUCGAACAGCACCGGGACAGGGAGCGGGACAGGGACAGAGAUCGAUACAGGGACCGGCCGGGACAGGGAUCGACCGGGAACGGCCAGCACCGGGACCGACAAGGAUCCACCAGACAGGGAUCGCCCCGCCCCCCAAUGUCCCACGCGGUGCUUCUGCUGCGGCGGCUGCGAGGCCGGAACCGGGACCGGGACCGGGAUAAGGAUCGGGAUCAGAACCGGGAUCGGGAUCGGGAUCAGAAUCAGAACUGGGACCGGGAUGGGGAUCGGGACUGGGAUCAAGAUCAGAACCGGCAGCGGGAUCAGGGCCAGGACCGUGACCGGGAUUGGGAUCAGAACCGGGAUCGGGACCAGGACUGGCACCAGGACCAGCACCAGGACUGGCGUCAGGACCGUGACCGAGACCAACCCCAGGCCCGGCACCAGGAUUGGGAUCAGAACCAGCCCCACGACCGGGACCAGCACCGGGGGCAGGAGCACGACCCUCACCCCGCUCCCUCCCCGCCGACCGGGGGGUCCCUCCCCGCCCCGAACCCGACCCGCUCCCCCCGGCGCUGCCGCCGCCGCCGCCGCCGCCCGUACCCGGCGCAGCGGGUGUACCGGGCGCGCCGCUCCUUCCUGGAGCUGAGCGAGGAGCAGGCGCUGCGGCGCUGCCGCCUGGACCGCGCGGCCAUCGCGGCGCUGUGCCGGGAGCUGGGCUCGGACCUGCAGAGCCUCACGGGCCGCAGCCACGCGCUGCCCGUGGCCGUCAAGGUCACGUCGGCGCUCGCCUUCCUGGCCUCGGGCUCCUUCCAGACGGCGUCGCGCCUCAGCACGGGCAUCAGCCAGUCGGCCAUGUCCAACUGCCUGGCGCAGUUCCUGGCGGCCCUGCAGCGCCGGGCCCCCCGGUUCAUCGCCUUCCCGCCCGCCCCGGCGCCCGCCGCGGAGCCGCCGGCGCUGCCCGGCGUGCUGGGGCUGGUGGGCGCCAUGCACGUGGCGCUGCGGGCGCCGGCCGAGGAUGAGCCGCUCUUCCGCAACGCCGGCAACUUCCACUCCAUCAACAUGCAGGUGGUCUGCGACCGCGCCGGCGCCAUCACCAACGUCGUGGCCAAGUUCCCGGGGUCGUGCCCCAACGCCGCCGUCCUGGAGAACUCGGCCCUCGCCCGGCUCAUGGAGGGGGCGCGGCCCGAGGGGGUCUGGCUGCUGGGUGACCACGGAUACCCCCUGAAGCCGUGGCUGCUGACGCCGAUCGAGGGGGCGCGGGGGGCGGCCGAGCUGCGCUACAACGCCCUGCACGCCCGGACCCUCGGCCCCCUGCGCCGGACCCUGGCGCGGCUGCGGCGCCGCUUCCGCUGCCUGGCGGGCGGGGGGCUGCAGUACACCACCCCCCAGCCCCCCCCGCCACCCGGCCCGGGGGCCCGCGAGGGUCGCGCCGUGAGGGCCCGGCUGGUGCAGCGGGUCCGGGAGGGGAUGGGCUGA